AUGGCAUCCGAGGACAUCAAAUACAAGCACAAUGGUGCAGCCUCUCCGGAUGCGGCAGAUGUUGAGCCGGCAUUGACCCCUAUCAGCCUUGCCAAUACGGACAGCCCAGCGGGUAGUGGGUUCUCGCCGCUCGUAACUGUUGUAGGAUUUCAUCAUGCUCGGGGACCCGAGGUGGAGACGUGGUUUGGUGCUGACGAGGGAGUCGAUCCGGCUAUCAAAUACAACUGGCCACUAUUGCCAUUCAUGGCACUGAGUGACGGAGCUCAUGCCUCCGAAGAAGAUUUUUCGUACUUUACACUACUGAAACCAAAGACCAAUACGGAACCUGCCACAUCACUCUUCGGAAUAUCGUGUACACGGCAACUGGAUUCGGCCCAAUUAAUCAACCGCCCUGCUGAUGUAACCAGAUCAACAGUCCAAAAAGCUGUGGUUGUUAUUGCGGAUAGUCCACAGUCUUUUGGCAUGUUGCGUGAGCGCCUCAGCAUUGUCACCCAAGCAUGGUUUGCCCAACGGGAAUUCACAGACACCGAGAUUCUGCGACGGUUUCAAGAAAGCCUCGCCGACGAAAAGGCUAGGGGCCUCAUGAAGGAGGAAACUGAGCGUGACCAGCACUUGGGAAUGAGUUUGCGGGAGUUCAUACAUGAGUUUAAGUGGCAAGCGCUAGUCUUAUUGAAAUGUUGCUUGCUCCAGCCAAAGUUUUCUCUCAUUUCUCUGAUACCUGGCUUGAUCCGCAAUCUGCAAGACUGCGCCGACCCCGAACUGGACAGCUACGAGAAGAAGCUUGCCAAACCUACAACUUUACAGAGUAGCAAUCGCAAUUCACUUUUGACUUUCAUGGGGCUCCCGCUGCAAAUCUUUGGCAAGGGUGGCUUUUUCGGACCUUACACACCGUUGCAACAACUUGACAUUUUAGCCGACUUUGGCACCAAGUCAUAUAUGGUCGGCAGCACCAAUUCGCUCUUGCUUCAGCAAAAGGAUAGAUACAGCGAUGUCCUCAUCAACUUGGACGAAAACACCGUCAGCAUCACAUCACCAUCUCUCAAGGCGGCGCUAGCCUUGACACCUGCAGAUCGUCGCUGGAUAGACUUUCUAACUCAUGAGGUCAACGAAACAUGGGACGAGGCCAAUCCUAGCAGACCCAAGAAUAUGCAGUACAUUGGAAGUGAAGAGUUCAUCAGAUCACAGUUCGAGGCGUACAUGCUGGGGCUUAUAUCAUCUGUCAAGUUCCGCAACUUUCUCAUUACCCAAGGCGAAGACCCCGCUACCCUCGGCGCCGACAGCGAUCCUGCUGUAGACUUUGGCUCCGAAUGGGUAGAAGCAUGGAAAAAGACUGAAAACUACCGUAUAUGGGACGCUCACACUGACACAAAUCUAUUCGCCGUCUCGGAACCAAAACAUCCUUGUGCGGGGGGUCUCACUAUUGACGACAUUCAACGCCGUGUCGCCGAUCAAAUCAAAGAUCUCCAUCUCGACGAGCGUCUCGCUCAGGGCCGCGAUAUACUCGGUCGCAACCUCGCCGCGGGCCGCGAAAAGGCCUCCACCAUGUUAAACAAGCUCUACUCUGACGUGGAAUACCUGCGUGAAUCCCAACGGCGUCGUGCAGAAGACUCGCGCACCCAAACACCGAACUCGAAAUCUUCCACAGAGAAGUCUCAGUAUCCGGUGGAUCUCACUAAAGCCCAACAAACAAUGAACUCGGUCGGCGCCAAAGCAUCCGCCUACAUGUCCAGCUGGGCAACAUGGGCCGGGGAGAAACGCAAAGCUGGCGGCUGGGCGUCCGGCUGGGGCGGCAAGAAAUCCCCUUCCCCAAGCACGCACAGCAAUCCCCCUAUUCCCACUAGCCCCAUCGACAAAGACUACCAAAUGGUAAGCCCGCCUGAUUCGAGGUCCACGAGCACAGAUGAUCCCAAGAGACCCGCUACACACGCCAGUUUCAGCGAGAGUAUUCUGAGCAAGGCCUCUGACCGACCUGUUACGGAGUCUUCAGAAAUGGAUGAUUCCUUUCAAGACGUCAUGGGGUCACCCGAAAAGGUGAGCCACAAAUCAAAGGACGAGGAGGAUGUAACGCCGAAAUUGAAGAACGACGGGUUCCAGCAGGAGGAUGUUAUGGGCGCAAAGAUGAGUGAGACGGGGGACAUGAGUGACACGUCGGAGGGCAAGGGCACGGAAGUCAAAGCCAGCGACUAG